AUGAGUAAAUCAGGAGAUCAGGAAGCAGGACAGAGCCGGCAGUUGGUGCUUGGCAGUCUCGUUUCUCUUCAGGGGUUUAUUAUGCUUAUUGCAGCUGAGAUCAAGGAUUCCGGAGACCAAAACUCUCGCCAAGAGAGGGGUAACUGCCAUUGUGAUACUAUUAUUGACUUCCAAGGCGUUGUGGCGCUGAUAUCGUGCAUAUUGGAGGGUCUCGUUGAGAUAGGGAAAUCUGAUAAAGCUGGUGUAGGGACGGAGGUGGGGAACAAAAAUUGCGUUGGUCGAUCAUAUUUGCAACCUGGCAUCGAGCAACAGUCCAGUCCAGUCCAGAUGAGUUUGAAAGCAAAACUACUACCCCAUGGAUGGCGGAAGCCCACCUCCAAUCUCCAACAUGAACCCUCCAAUCCCCAACCUUCCGGUCUCCAACCCUCCAGUUCCCAGUCCCAACUAAACUUGGAUCCCGAACAUACGCGAGUGGAUCCGGCCUUCGACGACGAGUGCGCUUGGCCGCGGCGACUUCUUCAUAUAUCAACACUGACUUCAUACCCCUGGCGACCAGGAAACAUCUACGGGGGCAAGGAACAGCCACAGUACCAUGCUAUCACAUAUACUUGGGGAAGAUGGCAACUCUCUCCUGAUUCACAUCCUUCCAUCACAGCGUUGGACUUUGGCACUCCUUGGAAGAUACCCCGGGUGGAUCCAGCUCGCUUCACCAAGGAGCAGUUCGUCAACCUGAUCCGGAGCCUGCCGAGCUCCCACAGAAAAGGCAUGUCGGGCGCUUAUUAUGAUGUGCCAGUGGAAUUUGUGUGGCUUGACGUCGCAUGUAUCGACCAACGGAACGGAUCGCGCGAGAAAGAAUUGGAAGUUGGACGCCAGGCUGCAAUUUUCAAAGGAGCGCACUCCGUUUAUGCAUGGCUGCAUGAGUUUGAAAAUGCUGAGGUUGAGAAGAUCUUUGCACAAUUCUGCAAAGGAUACCGUUUUCUGUCAGCGAGCGAAGACUACGUGAAAGGUCUCUCUUCUGGACUGCAGAAAUCUGGGAAAGCAGCUGUGUUGGAAGAACUAGACGCCCCGGAUUGGGGCUUCGACUUACGAAAAGCUCGCGCGAUGGCAGACUGGAGGGGGUUGAGCUUCGAACCAGACGUUCCAGCAGCAAUACUGCCAGAAACCAUUGCUCACGACCCACAACUAGCUACGAUGAAUGAGAUGGUCAAAAACUUGACAAAGCAGAGUGGGAUGUUCACUCGUUCUGGAAAGCCGCCGAAGAAGGUGCAGGAACCGAAACCGACAGUAGACGACUUAGUGGAUCUGUUAGACCUUGCCCGAGACUUGAAACAGUGCAUCUGCACGAUGAUUGAAUCCAUGGAGAGCUUUGCAAAGGAGCCUUGGUUCUCAUCGCUGUGGACUCUUCAGGAAGCAUACUUACGGAGCGAUGCGCACUUAAGGGACCGUGAUGGACAACCAUGGAUUAAGAGAAUCAGUAAAUGGUCCGACUUCACCGUGCUCUCCGAUUUCACGGACUUUAUUGACGAGGUCGGGCAAACCCUCGAUGCGUCCUUUUUCCGAGACGUACGACCAGCACAAGCCCUUCGGACAUGUCUCGAGAAUUCAGGAUGCAUGGAACUCCGCGCUCGACUUCCAACAAUCCUUCUCCGAGCGUCACAGAAGCGUACGGUGAAGACAAAGCGCGCGAAUGAUCGCGUCUACGGUAUCAUGCAAGUCUUCAAUCUCAAGCUGGGGAGAUCAGCCCCAGACUGUCCUCCGGACCGCGAGUUUGAUCUCAAUGAUUUGCAGGACCAACUUGGAGCUGCACUCAUAGCAAAAUCUCCAAUCAUGAGCCAAAUGUUCUUCCAUACGAAGCCGGUACCACCUGGGAAAGGAUGGAGGAUAGGCCCUCAUGUGGGUAUUCCGAAAUUAGCAUCCAGGAUGGACGCAUUCUUGACAGACGAGGCAGACAUUGGUGCUAGAAUCGACUCGAGAACAGAAGUGUCCGUGACGACAGUCGGCGGUACUAUCGUCGGCGACACUGUCGUCGGCCGCACUGUCGUCGGAUACUUCUCAGGUCCUACCUGCAAUAUGACGGCUCUCCAUCAGACCUUGAUCGGAUUUGGGCCAAAGAUCGAUGCCUCAUUUGAAUUUGAUGAGCUCAGUCCGUUCGAUAUGUCGCAAGACGGUUCUAAAAUCGAGGCUUUGCUUCUUGGUAUCUGCAGUCAAGGAAGCAGGCCUACAACAGCAGUGUGCUUGCUGCUCUCUCCUUCAGCAGAUGCUACGCCAGUCACCGAAUGGAAGCGUCAGGGACUCAUGUUCUGGGACUUGGAGGACCCGGUCAUACGCAAUCUCGACCAGGGACAGAGGGAAAUGAUGCAAGGAGUGGGACGGCAAUGGCAACACCGAAUAGGGACUUUCGGUUAAUAUAUGAAACAUCCCUAACUUAACUAACUAGUUAGUUGUAUAU